GAAGCGGCUGACGCUGGGCGCGCUCCCGUGGCUGGCUGGCAAGAUGGCGGCGCUCAUCUCUCUCACACAGCUCUCCAGUGGCAAUCCAGUAUAUGAAUCAUAUUACAAGCAGGUGGAUCCAUCUCAUACCGGGAGAGUAGGACCAGCAGAAGCUGCUCUUUUCCUUAAAAAGUCUGCUCUUUCAGACAAUAUCCUUGGGAAGAUUUGGGAUUUAGCCGACCCAGAGGGGAAAGGCUAUUUGGAUAAACAGGGGUUUUAUGUAGCACUGAGGCUUGUGGCAUGUGCACAGAGUGGACAUGAAGUCAACUUAGCCAGUCUAAAUGUUCCGGUACCGCCUCCCAAGUUUCAUGACACCAGCAGCCCACAGCUAAUUACGCCACCCCCUGUUGAGGCACAUUGGUCAGUUCGGAUAGAAGAGAAAGCAAAGUUUGAUGGUAUUUUUGACAGCUUGGUGCCUGUGAAUGGCUUGCUCUCAGGAGACAAGGUCAAACCGGUACUUAUAAACUCCAAACUACCUCUGGAUAUCCUGGGGAGGGUGUGGGAUCUAAGUGACAUAGACAAAGAUGGUCAUUUGGACAGGGAUGAAUUUGCAGUGGCCAUGCAUCUUGUAUAUAGAGCUCUGGAAAAAGAGCCUGUGCCAUCUGUAUUGCCUCAAUCUCUUAUUCCGCCAAGCAAGAGGAAGAAAACGUUCGCUGGGGCCGUACCUGUUCUCCCUGCCAGUCCUCCACCGAAGGACAGUCUACGUUCUACCCCAUCCCAUGGUAGCAUGAGCAGUUUAAACAGUGCUGGUAGUUUGUCCCCCAAACACUCUUCUAAACCAACUCAGCCAACAGCAAAUUGGGUGGUUCCUCUAACGGAAAAGAUGCGUUACGAUGACAUCUUCUUACAGACAGACUUGGAUAUGGAUGGAUAUGUGAGUGGACUGGAAGUAAAAGACAUCUUUAUGCAGUCUGGCCUACAUCAGAAUCUCUUAGCGCACAUAUGGUCUCUGGCUGACACCAGGCAAAUGGGAAAACUGAGCAAGGACCAGUUCGCUCUGGCAAUGUAUCUCAUUCAGCAGAAAGUCAGUAAAGGGAUUGACCCACCACAAGUCUUGUCCCCUGACAUGAUACCCCCAGCAGAAAGGAAUACUCCAGUACAGACCCUCUCGGGUUACAUGACCCCAGUAGGAAAUGAAAUGGCCAGCUUAACAGAAAUGCGCCGUGAUAGUUCCAGCUCGGUUGGAUCUGGGGAAUUUACAGGAGUGAGAGAACUGGAUGAAAUAAGCCAAGAAAUUGCCCAGUUACAGAGGGAAAAAUAUGCACUUGAACAAGACAUCAGAGACAAAGAAGAGGCCAUAAGACAAAAAACAACAGAAGUACAGGAGCUGCAAAAUGAUCUAGACAGGGAGACUUCCACAUUACAGGAGUUGGAGGCACAGAAGCAGGAUGCCCAAGACCGUCUGGAUGAAAUGGACCAGCAGAAAGCUAAGCUAAAAGAUAUGCUAAAUGAUGUACGGCAGAAAUGUCAGGAGGAGGGACAAAUGAUUUCUUCCUUGAAAAUACAGAUUCAGUCUCAGGAGUCAGAUGUUCAAGCACAGGAGGAGGAGUUGAGCAGAGCCAAAUCAGAGUUGCACAGGCUGCAGCAAGAGGAGACUCAGCUGGAACAGAGUAUUCAGGCUGGCAGAGUUCAGCUGGAGACAAUUAUAAAGUCACUCAAAUCCACCCAGGAGGAGAUCAAUCAGGCCCGAAGCAAACUGUCACAACUGCGAGAGAGCCAGGAGGAAAUGAACAAAAGUAUAGAGCAAUACAAUGACACCCUAAAUGGAGACCAUAGGAACAGCCUUAAUAACUUUUCAGAGGUUGAGUCUUUUCCUAGCAGAGAGAAGUUGGAUCUUUCAGCUCCAAAGGCUGAUCCCUUCAAGAACAAAGCACUUCUGUUCAGCAACAAUGGUCCAGAACCCUACUCUGACCCAUUUCAGGCCGAAGACCCCUUUACGUCGGAUCCAUUCAAAGGAGCAGAUCCAUUUAAAAGCAAUCCUUUUGGUGAUGACCCAUUUAAAGAGAGCGAUCCCUUCCAUGCUCCUACAUCAAUUGACCCAUUUCAAAAGCCAGCAAAGACUGACCCCUUCUCUGCUGAUCCCUUCACUAAGAAUAGCAUACACUCAAUGACAUUACCUCUAAAGUCUGAUCCUUUUGAGAGCAGUGAUCCUUUCUCCUCUUCCACAUUACCUAAGAAAGAGCCAGAUCCGUUUGGAACUCUAGACCCUUUUGGGAGCAGCACAUUCAGCAGCAAUGAAAGCUUUGCAGAUUUUAGUCACAUGUCAAAGCACCAAACACCAGACCCCUUUUCUGCCACAUUUCCAGGCACUGGAUUCUCAGAGGACCCCUUUAAAAGCAAGCAUGAGACCCCUGCACUACCACCCAAAAGAAGUGUCCCGCCACGGCCAAAACCUCCAAGUGGUAAGAGCACACCAGUGAGUCAACUUGGGACAGCACAUUUCCCGAAGAGCCAUGACCCCUUCCAGCCAUUUGGAACAGAACAAGGAGACCCUUUCCAGAGCCGGAAGGCCUUUGUUGACCCCUUCAGUGGCAAAGACCCAUUCGCCUCCUCACAGCCAGGAAAACACUCUAAGGGAACAUCUGCCGGGUUUGCAAACUUUGGCUCUUUUGGGAACGAGGAGCAGCAGCUAGCCUGGGCCAAACGAGAGAGCCAGCGGGCUGAGAAGGAGAGACUAGAUCGCCUAAAACGACAGGAGCAAGAAGACUUGGAGCUAGCAAUUGCCCUCAGCAAAGCAGAAAUGCCAAGCUCAUGAGAAUCAAAGCCUCCAGUUCACUGGACCCCAAACGCCAACUGCAUUGCAAAUUACUCCCUCAAAGGGGAAUAGGAACACCAAUAUGACUUCAACUAAAAAUAGCCAUCUUUUUUGUCUGAACUUUUAGCCAAUAACUGGGGAGCUGUGACAGCAAUAUUAUUCUUUAGUACCCCAUAGGAAUUCUCCACUUAUCAUCUCAUGUUUAAAUUUUAUUUAAUCUGGGGGGUAUUUGUCUUAUUUUUACUUCCUCAUACUACAAAUCCCUCAUCACAAACAUGCGCAAGGUAUGUAUUCAGGGUCAAGCAGCUUAAAUCUAAUGUCAACUAGUGCAUUUGUGUUGCAUAUUUUAUUUUUUUAACUCUUUUUUGCAGAUUAUAUUAAAUUUUCAUAAUUGGAGCUGGUUUUUAGAUUGCUAACCAUUUUUUUUCUUAUCCCUAACCUUUCAUAGAAAAAGGCAGCUAUUGAAGACGUAUCCCCAGUU